UUCUGAAAAAAAAGGAAGAGGUUGCGUCCAGGGUCUUUACACUCUCUGUCUGUGCGUUGCCACUCGGCAACAAUGAAACUUCAAAUCCUCCUCAUUCUGUUCCUCCACGUGGCACCAGUUAAAUCUCUCAGGGAGGUCUUUGGGUACCUCGGGGAUAACGUCACCUUGCCCUCAGGAGCCGACCCGUCAUGGAAGCUCUCCUCAAUGGAGUGGUCAAUAUUCCCAAACAACACUUGGAUCGCCACCUAUCGUAGCGAGAUUAAGAACAUCGAUCGAUUCGCUCAGUACAAAGGGAGACUCAGUCUCAACAUCACUACAGGUGACCUGAUGAUUUAUAAUUUGACCUCAAAGGAUGCCAUGGAAUACACUGUAGACCUCAUCAAUACUAAAGGACAGUCCAGCGGAAACAAGGCUAAGGUCACAGUGAGACAACGCCUCCAGAAACCGACCAUUCUGACCUUUGCACAUGAAACCGGAGACUGUCACAGGUUGCUGAAAUGUUACUCAACGGAUACAGGUGUACAAUUGUCCUGGCAGGGAAUACCUCCGAGCGGGACCGCCUACAACUCGACUAAUCCUGACGACAACUCCGUAGUUCUUUUCGCAUUAUUCAACACCACCCAGAAGCAAGUUGAAUUAACCUGCACCUCCUGCAGGAACACGGAGAAGGCCUCAAGUGUUAUCACUUUAAAGUGUGACGGUAAGAAGCCUGAGCAUCAACCCCCGCCGCGUCCUCGGCCAGAUCUUUGGUUCAGGGAAAGAUAUGGUAUCGCUUAUUUGGUCGGAGGCAUCCUGGGAAGUAUUCUGAUAGUAGCUAUAGUUUGCUUUUUCAGCGGUGAGAGGAAGAAAUGAAUGAAAUAAAUGAAUGUAUUUAGGUUCAUGGAAACAGUGAAAACAAUGUACAGUGGACAAUGGACAGUUUAAAAAAACACAGAUGCACUGAAAGAUGUUCAAUGAUGGUGGCUACACUUUAUUGUACUGCUGUUAAGGAUAUGGAGUAUUUUUCCUCUGGUUCUCGUGACUUGUUUUUUUUGUUAUCCGGUCAAAUGGGAACUUUUUAUUUUUGUAAAAACACUUUUUAACUUUGGAAAUUGGGAGGUGCUGCAGUCCUGGUUCAUUGUUAAUUUCAAUGUUUCUGCAUAAGUAUACAAGCACCUUUGUACACACCUUUCAAAAAAGCAGUGUUAUGUAUAUGUUACUGUUAUGUCAUCUAUUUUGUUUGUAUUGUAAUUGCUUUUAUUGUUUCUGUUUUUACCAUGAAAAGUGCCUUUGAGUACCUUGUAAAGCGCUAUACAAAUCAAAUGUAUUAUUAUUAUUAUUAUACUAUUACUUUUUGUACUCAGUGCACUUUUGAGACUUUGUUUAAUCUCAAUCUCUUUGUUGUUGCUACUGUCCAUGUUACCAUUGUGACUGAAGUAUUGUAAAUACAUUGAUGUGGAAGAGUAACUUUUUUUACUGUUACGCUCGUUAAAGUAGGUGCGUGAAUUUAUAUCAAUAUACCAAAUGUUUUUUUUACAAAAUAGUACAGUUGGGUGUGAUAAAAGUUAUUUAUGUUAGCUUUCAUAUGUGGCAAAACAUGUCAAAAAUCUGCUGUUGUAUGUAUUUAAAAAAUGUGUUUAUCUAUUGUAUGUUGUCUACUGUUUGCAAACCAAAUUGCCCCUCAGGGAGAUUAAAGUCUAUCCAAUCCAACAAUUCUGAUAAAUGCUUAUUCAUGUGUGGCAUCGCUGUCUCAUUUCAAAUAACAGCCCAAAACGCUUCGAUUUAACAACAUGCUUGCAAAAAGAGACUUAAUGACAGUAAAUGUAAUUUAAUAUGACCACCUUUGCACAAGCUGAAACAAAUACAUUUUUACAAAUAAAAAUAUAAUCUCUGUAUUUACACAAUUUACAACACUGUUAAUACAAUUUGAGCUCUUUGGCUCUCAAAAUAUAAUAGACGUUUUAUGUUUGUCUUAUAUCAGGAAAAGGUGCCAAAGAUAGAAAAUGUACAAAAGUGUGACACUGUGUUGCACGCUUCCUUCGCGAUAUUAACCAUACAUAUUUUAUACAUAUUUUAUGAACCACGAAUAUCGAUCUACUUCUGUUUCUAACUCAAAGGACAUGUAAACUGUACAUUGUGCUGUGACCCUCUAGGGAAUCUCUUGGUAGGGCUACACAGAGGCCUUACUCAUGCGACUCAACUGGAUCUUGUCGUACACAGUCUGGGGCUAGAUGUGUGACAAAAGGAGGGGAAAAAGACAAAAAAACAAAUAUUGUUUAUGUAUAUCUGUAUUUAUAAUCAAUACAAGUGAAGCAAAAGUACACUGUAGCCACAUGCCGUAUGUCGUAAACUUAAAUUCAGUCUCAUCUGCAAGAACCUCCAGGGUAAAGGUGUUGUUCUUACC